AUGCUGUAUGGCCAGAUCCUUCACAGGCGUGGCACAGACGAAAGCUUCCUCAACCUUAACGUGGGCGGCUUUAAGCAGCACGUGGAGCGCAGCAUCCUGCAGCGCUUUCCCAGGACCCGCCUGGGGUGCCUGUUGGGCUGCGUCUCCGAGGACGCCAUCCUGGAGCUUUGCGAUGACUUCAGCCCCACCGACAAGGAGUACUAUUUUGACCGCAACCCGCGUUUCUUCCGCUAUGUCCUUAACUUCUACCACACGGGCAAGAUCCACCUGAUGGAGGAGCUGUGUGUCUUCUCCUUCAGCCAGGAGAUUGAGUACUGGGGCAUCAAGGAUCUCCACCUGGACUCCUGCUGCAGCAACAAGUUUCAAGAGCAGAGGGAGUUUGCAGAGGACAAGGACUGGGACCGGAGGAGCGAUGAGCAACAUCAGCAGUUCAGGAGCAUUGACUCAUCCAUGGAGGAUCUCUCAACUAUAGACCAGGACUUGGAGAAGUUUGAGGGUACCUGGUGCUCGGAGGUCCGCAAGAACAUCUGGCUGCGCCUGGAGAACCCAGGCUACUCACGUUUGGCCAAGGUGAUCGCCGUGGCCUCACUGGCCAUGGUGCUGACCUCCAUCGUGGCCAUGUGCAUCCACAGCAUUCCCGAGUUCCACCAGGUGGACCUCAACGACAAGGAGAUUGAAGACCCAGUGCUGGCUAUCUUCGAGGCUGUGUGCGUUGUCAGCUUCUCUGUGGAGUUCCUGGUGCGGCUUUCCGUGGCACCGUGCCCCCGGAAAUUCCUGAGUAACGCGCUCAACAUCAUCGACUUUGUGUCCAUCGUGCCUUUCUAUGCCACGUUGGCCUUUGAGAUGGUGGACGAGGAGAACGAGGAGUUGGAAAACGUGGGGAAGGUGGUGCAGAUCCUGCGGCUGAUGCGCAUCUUCCGCAUCCUCAAGCUGGCCCGCCACUCAGCGGGGCUGCGCUCUUUGGGUGCCACGCUAAGGCAUAGCUACCAUGAGGUGGGCCUCCUGAUGCUCUUUCUCUAUGUGGGCAUUUCCAUCUUCUCCACCCUCAUCUACUUUGUGGAGAAGGAGUCAGAGGAGUCGGACAUAACGACCAUCCCUGUGGGCUGGUGGUGGGCCACUAUUAGCAUGACGACGGUAGGCUACGGCGACACCUGCCCAGUGACGGUGUUAGGGAAGCUAGUGGCAACACUGUGCAUCAUCUGUGGGCUGCUGGUUGUGGCCCUGCCUAUCACCAUUAUCUUCAACAAGUUCUCCAUGUACUACCAAAGGCAAAAGGCCAUGGAUGCUGAUCAGACCAAUAACGAGGCGGACCAAUGCAAUAAUAAUGAUAUUAAUAUCCCUGACCCCAGUAUACCUUACUUUAAUGCCGGGGACAUGUACACCCAAAAGAUGAACUCAUUCAUCGCCAGUAUCUCUGUCAGGAGCAGCAUCGGCAGUGAUAAGGACACAGACAUACUAGACUUAAACCCUUUUACUCCUUGA